GGCUCUUACUUUACCACUUGAGUCACAAUUCCACUUCCAGAUUUUCCUGCCUACGCUGGGUUAUAACUGUAAUCCUCAGAUCUCAGCCUCCUAAGUAGCUAGGUACUGGUCCAGCUUAAACUGUUUUUUAGAUGGAGGCUGAAUGAGCAGCACUCUGAGAGACCCUUUCAUGGUAGAGGGUGAGAAGAAAAAUGGCCAGUCAUUCAUGACCGUUAAAACCUGUGGCUUGUGUGUUACUUCUGCUCAUGUUACAUUGGCCAAAUUGUGCCAGCCAUGAAUGUGGGGCUGGUGAGUAUAACUAAUUCCUACAUCUUGAAACAUUGUAAGUCACACAGCAGUGUGAAAAAAAAAUGUAAUCUUCUUCCAGGGAGGGCAGAAAAUAUUUGUAGAAAACAUAAUGUGCUGUCAUGGAAAACUAUAUUUAAUUCAGAAAGGUUUAAUAGCUUCUAUGCCAAUUUAGAAGUGAUUUUUACAGUGGAUUAAAUCUCUGUUUUGGGUUUUGAGAAGGCUAUGCUUCAGAAAUCUGCUGAGGUAUGGAAAGUAAGGCCUACUGUUUUUGGAUAAGAUGUUAAUUUUUUAUGAGCAACUGAGCUGUGCCCACAACUUAGUAACUUUCCAUUCAUAUCUGGAGAGUCUAGAUCUGUAUUUUAGUCAUGAAAUCAGGGCUGCAGAUAAAGCUUAGUAGAUUGUUUACCACCAAAUCCUUUGCACCAAGAAAAGGGUCUACCCAUUUCUCUGGGAGUAAACUCUUCUUAAUGCUGAAGGAGUGAGAGUCGCCAAAUGCAUAUCUGUAUAUUACAAGGGUGGAGUGAGCUUUGCACCUGGGCAGGAUGGAAAGAGGCACAAAGCUGCUCUAGGUCAAGCUGGUUUUUCCAUGUUUGAUCUUCAUGAUCGUAAGCUCCACUUGGGGAAGAGAAUGAUUGGCGCUCUACGGGAGUACAGCAGGACUAUUCCAUUACUUCCAUCUGUAGACCACACAAGGAAAUUGUCCACGGAGCUGAAAUACUCACCUCAGUGAUUUCUGACCUUACACAAUUAAGGUUGAAUGCCUUUGGGAGCUUGAUGCAUGAAAUUUGCAUGACUCCUUGCUGCCCGCCAGUGUCCCUCCUUGGAUUCAAGCCAGCAUGGCUCACAUCACAAAGGUUAAUGGCUCUACCUCAGAAAAAGCAGAUGUUCUGAAUGGAGACCAUGAAAAGGAACAGAAGGACCCUUACUGUGUGGAAACCCCCUAUGGUUAUCAGCUAGACUUGGAUUUUGUCAAAUACGUGGAUGACAUACAGAAGGGCAACACCAUCAGGAAAGUGAACAUCCAGAAAAGGCGGAAGCCGCCUGUGCCAUGCCCAGAUUCCAGGACCGCAUCAGGCCAGCGGGGCUUAUGGACUUCCACCGAAUCUCUUUCAUCCUCCAACAGUGAUGACAACAAACAGAGUCCCAACUUUCUCCUAGCCAGAAGCCACGUGACCUCAACCCCCAUCCCAAGGCCACCUGCCCCUUUAGAGACCUCACCCACUUUCCUUACCAUCCCAGAAAGCCGCCAGCUGCCCCCACCCUCCCCUCAGCUCCCCAGGCACAACCUUCAUGUCACCAAGACCCUGAUGGAGACCCGGAGAAGACUGGAACAGGAGAGAGUCACCAUGCAGAUGACACCGGGUGAGUUCCGAAGACCCCGGCUGGCUAGUUUUGGAGGCAUGGGCUCCACCAGCUCUCUCCCCUCUUUUAUGGGUUCUGGAAGCCACAAUCCUGCCAUGCAGCUUCAGAACGGAUACCAAGGCAAUGGGGAUUAUGGCAGCUAUGCCCCAGCGGCUGCCACCACCUCCUCUAUGGGGAGUUCCAUCCGCCACAGCCCACUGAGCUCAGGGAUCUCCACCCCAGUGACCAACGUGAGUCCCAUGCACCUGCAGCACAUCCGGGAGCAGAUGGCCAUUGCCCUGAAACGCCUGAAGGAGCUGGAAGAGCAGGUGCGCACCAUCCCAGUGCUCCAAGUCAAGAUCUCGGUCUUGCAAGAGGAGAAGCGACAGUUGACCUCGCAGCUGAAAUCACAGAGGGCCAGCUCCCCGAACAAUGCCUGUGGUGUGCGGAAACGUUCGUACAGUGCGGGGAAUGCAUCCCAGCUGCAGCUGCUGUCCCGGGCCAGGAGUGGUGGUGGGGAACUAUACAUUGACUAUGAGGAGGAAGAGAUGGAGAGUGUGGAGCAGAGCACUCAGAGGAUCAAGGAGUUCCGGCAGCUCACAGCAGACAUGCAGGCCCUGGAGCAGAAGAUCCAGGACAGCAGCUGUGAGGCCUCUGUAGAACUCAGGGAGAACGGGCAGUGCCUGCCUCAAGAGUGCCGGUCUGUGGCUGUGGGUGGUGAUGAGAACAUGCAUGACACUAUCGUGUACCAUAGGGGUUCUAGAUCCUGCAAGGAUGCAGCGGUAGGAACAGUCACAGAGACGAGGAAUUUGGGAGUCAGUGUCACAGAGGCCAUGCUGGGAGUGACUACAGAAGCCGACAAGGAAAUCGAGCUACAACAGCAGACCAUCGAGGCCUUGAAGGAGAAGAUCUACCGCCUGGAGGUACAGCUAAAAGAAACCACGCAUGAUCGGGAGAUGACCAAACUCAAGCAGGAACUACAGGCUGCGGGAUCCAGGAAAAAAGUAGAUAAGGCCAUGAUGGCCCAGCCACUGGUCUUCAGCAAGCUGGUGGAGGCCACGGUGCAGACCAGAGACCAAGUGGUUGGUAGUCAUGUGGACAUGGUGGACACGUGUGUUGGAACCGCCAUGCAGACAAGUAGCAUAGGCAUCUCUUGCCAGCCCGAGUGCAAGAGUCAAAUGGUGGGGCCUGAGCUGCCCAUGAAUUGGUGGAUUGUUAAGGAGAGGGAAGAAAUGCAUGACCGAUGCACAGGGAGGUCGGUGGAGACCUGUGACCAGAGUGUGGGUGUGGAGAUCAGCGUCUGCGAGACAGGCAGCAACACAGAGGCAUCUGGCAGUGACCUGACAUACCUCCAGACAAACUUGCACCUCAAGGAUGUGCGGUCCAUUGGCUGUGGAGAUUGUUCUGUCAACGUGACUGUCUGUCCUCCCAAGGAGUACACCUCGCGCGGCGUGACCACGGAGGCCGUGGGCCAGGUGGAAACUGCUGUCAUGGCCGUGCCUCAUACCAUGAGCCAGCACACCAGUACAGCUUUGGGCCAGGUGGACCAGUCCACCAGCACUUACCAGGCCACCCUCAUAGACUCCUGCACCAACACGUUCCUCAGUACUUUGGACAAGCAGACCAGCACCCAGAUAGUGGAGAUGCGGACAGUGGCUGUAGGAGAAGGCCGAGUCAAAGACAUCAACCCUUCCACCAAGACAAGGUCUGUGGGUGUUGGAACAAUGUUUUCUGGCAGUUCUGAGUUGGACAGACCAUUGACUGUGAAGACCAAAGAGUCAGGUGUAGGGCAGAUAAGUAUUCAUGACAACUAUCUGGUUGGCCUCAAAAUGAGGAACAUAGCAUGUGGGUCACCACCACUGACAGUGGGGCCCACAGGCAGCCGGAGGAGCGUGGGUGUUGGGGAUGAACCUAUAGGGGAGCUCCUCCUGGAGGACCCCCAACCCCAGGUUGCAUCUGGAAUGAUGACUGGCUUGGAUCACUACAUCGAGCAGGUGCAGAAGCUGCUGGCUGAGCAGCAGACACUGCUGGCUGCAAACUACAGUGAACUGGCAGAAGCUUUUGGGGAGCCUUACUCACAAAUUGGCUCCCUCAACUCCCAGCUCAUGAGCACCCUGUCAUCCAUCAACUCCGUCAUGAAGUCUGGAAGCACUGAAGAGCUCAGGAACCCCGACUUCCAGAAAACCAGUCAGGGUAAAAUCACAGCAGGAAAUAAUUUGGAAUACAGCUGUCCAUGUGGAGGCCUUCAAUCAGGAGGACUGUUAAGCAUGCAGGCAUCCCAGCCUGAGCAUAAGGUCAGGACUACAGAGGAGAAGACCCUCAGCAGCCAGGACAACUUCCUGUCUCAGGAAAAUAUGCUGGCCCCAGUGAACCUGACGGAUGACCAGAUAGCCACGGGCCUCUAUGUAUGUACAAAUAAUGAAAACACGUUGAAGUCCAUCAUGAAGAAGAAGGAUGGGAACAAAGACUCGAAUGGCGCAAAGAAGAAUCUUCAGUUUGUUGGCAUUAAUGGCGGGUAUGAAACAACUUCAAGUGAUGAUUCCAGCUCAGAUGAAAGCUCUUCUUCCGAGUCAGAUGAUGAAUGUGAUGUCAUUGAGUAUCCUCCUGAAGAAGAGGAGGCAGAAGAAGAGGAUGAAGAAGAUCCUCGGAGAAUGGCGGAAGGGCACCAUGCAGUUAAUAAUGAAGGUUUCAAGUCUGCCAGGGUGGAAGAUGAAAUACAGGUUCAAGAAUGUGAACCUGAGAAGGUGGAAAUCAGAGAGAGGUAUGAAUUGAGUGAAAAGAUGUUGUCUGCAUGCAACUUACUGAAAAAUAAUAUCGAUGAUCCCAAAGCACUGACCGGCAAAGAUAUGAGAUUCUGCCUGAACACCCUCCAGCACGAGUGGUUCCGAGUGUCCAGUCAGAAGUCAGCUGUGCCGGCCAUGGUGGGCGACUACAUCACUGCCUUUGAGGCGGUCUCCCCCGCCGUGCUUCGCUACAUCAUCAACAUGGCUGAUGGCAAUGGGAACACAGCCCUCCACUACAGUGUGUCCCACUCCAACUUUGAGAUCGUCAAGCUGCUUCUGGACGCAGGCGUAUGUAAUGUUGACCACCAGAACAAAGCCGGGUACACCCCCAUCAUGCUGGCGGCGCUGGCGGCUGUGGAGGCAGAGAAGGACAUGCAGGUUGUGGAAGAACUUUUCGGCUGUGGGGAUGUGAAUGCCAAGGCCAGCCAGGCAGGACAGACGGCCCUCAUGCUGGCGGUCAGUCACGGGCGGAUAGACAUGGUGAAGGGCCUGCUGGCCUGUGGGGCUGAUGUCAACAUCCAGGACGAUGAAGGCUCCACCGCCCUCAUGUGUGCCAGCGAACACGGGCAUGUGGAGAUCGUCAAGUUGCUGUUGGCCCAGCAAGGCUGUAAUAGCCACCUGGAAGACAAUGAUGGCAGCACUGCACUCUCAAUAUCCCUGGAUGCAGGACACAAGGACAUAGCCCUUCUUCUGUAUGCCCACAACUUUGUCAAAGCCCAGUCUCCGGGCACUCCUAGGCUUGGAAGGAAGACAUCUCCCAGCCCAACUCACCGAGGCUCAUUUGAUUGAUGGGAUGGCAAACAGCCAUCAUGUACACACCACCACGAAGCUGCUAAUUGUUCCUGUUGGGGUGACAGAUACUGAAUGUAUGUGGAUUGUGCCUGAGCUCACCAGCACACAGAAGCAUGAAGGCCAAGGCCUGAGCUGUCUUUUGCCAGGUGAAGCAAAGCCAGCAGGAGAUUGUCAACCUGGACACACAUUCUUCUCUCUGGCUAGCUUCUCUCUGUAGGGCCCACUUGAACCCUCCAUCUGUGGCUUCUGACUCUGCUCCGUUAUGUACAGUGGUAGGAGAUCAGCAACCUAGCCUCUCUUCUUUGUCUCCCUCCCACCCCCCCCCAUACAAAGAAGUGCCAGGUUUUCUUGGGCAUAUUUUAAAUUUUUCCACAGAUAUUUAUAUUUACUCAAUGUGGAAUCCAUUGGAAAACACUUUCCAAAAUUCCAUUCCAGGAUGAUUUUGAUCAUUUUGUUUUCCCUUUGCCUUUUUUUUUUAAGUAAGAAAGUUGAGAUGAUUCUUUUGAUCAUCUGCAACUUAAGCCCCAGACUGGUAGUAUCUGGUUUUAGAAAUAGAAAAGAGGGAACCCUCAAGGCAUCUAAACUAACACAGGGAAAUAUUUUCAGUUGGUGUAUUAUAUGGGUUUUUAUAUAAAGAUAUCUAUGAAGUUGACACCAUAUUUUCAACUUUUAUAUUGCAUAGUAAUUAAAUUCCUGAAGUUACACGUAACAUCACAUUUUUAACAAUUGCACAGCCCUGUCUAAUAAAGGUUGAGUUGUGUUAGAAUUGGCUCUGUAUUUGCCGCUAGAGAAACAGCGUAGUUCUCUAUAUAUUUAUGGAUUCCAUUAUACUGUGUCACAUUUACUUGGGUCCUGUAUGUAUUUAAAUGUUUGAAGUGCCUUAGACUCUUGCCAUAUUUUCAAAAUAAAACUUCAUUAAGCUCUU